AUGAUUAUUCCUAUUAGAUGCUUUUCUUGUGGGAAGGUGACUGGAGAUCUUUGGGAACGAUAUCUCAAGUUGAUCGAUGAGGGCAUCCCCGAUGGCGACGCCAUGGACUCGCUUGGCCUAAAGCGAUACUGCUGCCGUCGCAUGAUCAUGACCCACGUCGACCUCAUCGAGAAAUUACUGAAAUAUACCCCGGAUGGACGAAACGAAAAGAAGAUUCAGCUACAACAACGAUGA